UUGAGUAAUUGCGACGUUUAACAUCAGCUUUAAACUUGAUGACGACAUGUACGAUUCCCCUUUGGCAGACAAUCAUCACAACAGGUAUAAAUAAAACACGACGACCCGGCUGCCUGUGCACGUUCAUUGUAGAACUCCCAAGUAUUCUCAUGAAUAGUGACCAGUAAUCACUGACCGAGGAGCGCGUUUUGUACACAGACACAACGAGUUUGUCGUCCACGAUGGCCACACUGGAAUUCAGUCAUCGCUAUUUGGAAAUCGAAGAAAAUUCUCAGACCUUGCUACAGAGACUGAAAAAGAAUUUCUACUGUUCUCCCAGACGUGCAUGGAAGUUCUGUGCUUACCAUUUACCCGUGUUGAAAUUCCUCAAGUAUUACAAAUUCAAGGAGUAUGUGUUGAUGGACUUUCUGACGGGACUGACCAUUGGAAUCAUGCACAUUCCACAGGCCCUGGCGUUUGGAUUGCUUGCUUCAGUUAAGGUAGAGAACGGACUUUAUACCUCACUAUGGCCGAUAUUGUUCUAUGUUAUUUUUGGUACAUCGCCUCACAUCUCCAUGGGAACUAGCGCCGUGAUCUGUAUGGUAACCGCCGGGGUUGUUGAUAUACGGGCAGAUGAGUUCAAAUCCCAAAAUCAACAUUUACUGGCCUCGUUUAUUGCUAAAAUUAAUGCAACGAUGCAAAACUCGACUACCGUGGAGUGGGUGAAUAUUCCGGAAUUCAUGGAUUUCAAGGAGAACGUUGCAAUGAACAUUUCGUUGUUCUCGGGUCUUAUCCUUAUUUUCAUGGGAAUGUUCCGUCUUGGAUUUAUUACUUUCUACUUUUCCGAGUCCUUCUUUAGUGGUUUCACUUCCGGUGCAGCAGUUCAUAUCGCAACAAGUCAGAUGCCGGCUCUUCUAGGAAUUCAUGUCAAACGCUACUCGGGGGCCUUCAAAAUAGUCUACACAUACAAAGACAUUUUUAAAAACAUCACAUCAGUAAACCUUGCCACCCUUGUCAUUUCCAUCAUUUGUAUAAUCAUUCUGUGUGUUGUGAAGGAAUGUAUAAAUGAGCGUUUCAAGCAUAAAUUAAAGAUUCCGAUUCCGACCGAGUUGAUCAUUGUAAUAGUCGCGACUCUCGUCUCCUUUUUGUCGGACCUGAAGGAGGUGUUCGAUGUCGAUGUUGUCGGGACGAUUCCAAACACAAUACCGGCUCCGGUGCUACCCGACAUGACCGACGUUCCCCUGUAUUUGGGCGACUGCUUUGUCGUCGCCAUCCUGAUUUUCUCCAAUACCAUUGCAAUGGCAAAAAUAUGCGCCAAAAAGCAUAACUACGAAUUAAACGACAAUCAGGAAAUCUAUGCCUACGGCAUUUGCAAUUUCGCCAGUUCGUUUUUUAAGUGCUUUCCGUCCGCUGUGGCUCCUCCAAGAUCAAUGAUUCUGUCGUCCAUGAACGCCAAAACGACAAUAAGUGGUUUGUUCUCGGCUCUUCUGAUGCUCUUGGUCAUUGUGGCAAUCAGUGAACUAUUCUAUUCCCUGCCAAAAGCUGCUUUAGCUUCCAUUAUUCUGGUAGCAUUGAAAGGACUGUUCGUUCAAAUGUCGGAUGCUAGACGAUAUUGGAUGAUCAACAAGUACGAUUUCAUCAUUUGGUUAUGUACGAUUACCUCUGUGGUUUUCAUUGACAUUGACUUUGGACUCGGUAUCGGGUUAGCAGUCUCUCUCCUUACCAUUGUGUUUCAAAGCCAGCGAGCUUCAGCCUUGAGAUUGAUGAAGUACAACUCUAACUUCAGAAAUAUACGUGGCAUAAAGAAACUGUUCUCACUGAGUCCCAUCAAAAUAUUUGUGUACAAAUCAAGCAUAUUCUUCGCAAAUGCUGAGAUAUUCCGUAACAAAUUGUACUCGUCAACUGUCAACCCAAGGAAGUUUAUGAAAUUGUUAAACAAGAAGUACGAAAACACACCUACUGGAGGUGGAAAUGACAGUACACCCAAACGCACUGGUCUUCCACUCCAGAAAAUAUCGACUGUCACUACAGAAAAUGGCUUGAAUAAUAACAACCAGCCUGACAGUGUAUUUUCAUCAGUUUCUUUCGAGGAAUCUUCGUCGAGUAAUCAUUUAUACAGCAAUCAAGCCGAUUUUGAUGCUGGCAAUUUCUUAAACAAGGAGUCUGUUUUUGUGGGAUUGCCACCACCGGAGCAUGUUCUGAGUCUCACGUCUAUUGACACACUUGAUAGCUUGGACACUGUAGACUCUGGAUUUGACGAAAUUUCAAAUCCCAAGCAACUGCUAGCAGAGUACAAGCGGACUCGAGUCAUCAUUCUUGACAUGGCAUGCGUGAACUACAUCGAUGCUUCCGGUACUAAUCUCCUCGUUCACGUCCACAAAGAGUACUCAAAACUUGGAAUUCGUCUUCUUUUGUCGGGAUUAUCUGAAAGAGUUCACGUAACAAUGAAACAUUCAGCUGCUUUUGACGUCAUUCCAAAAGAUGACGUAUUUCCGGAUUUGGCGGACGCCAUGGCGUUUGCGGAGGAACUCGUUGUUCAGCCGUCUGAACCAGCUCAAACGACCCCGACUCGAUCAGUGUCUUUCACGGACGAGGAAGCUGUGGAAGAAUCAUAUGUUGUGCAUCUAUAGAAACAGUAACAUAUUUUGCCUGAACUUAAAACGGUGAACAUAAAAUUAAUCAGUGAACAUGUAAAUCGAGGGGCAUGGACUUGACCUGGCAGAUAUGAACUUGUACCAGCGAUAAUUUGCUGUAACUUGUAUAUAAUUAAUAUGUUUCAUAACGAAAAUUAAUGUUAACGUCCUAUAGUUGAAUCUCAUUGUGUACAUAUACUUUAUCAUCGAAAUGAAUGGGUCCAUUAUCUACUGAAUAAUAUUUAUUCUCAAAGACUCAAUGAGUUUCGAAAAAAAAAAAACCCAACAAUUUCGUAUUUGAUAUUUUGUUUAUACAUGUACUUUGUAGAUUCAUUUUUUGCUAAUGACGAACAAUCACUUACCACAAAUAAAGUUGUUGUUCUUUCUUUGA